GCCCUUUAUAACGAAUGUUUCGAUAUUCUAGAACCCUUUGGACAGAAAUUUUCGGUCUUCUAGAAUCCUUUUAGUUAUUUGCAUUAUAAACAAAAUCGCUUCUGGUCAUGGCUCCUAAUGCCUGAUACGCUUUCUCCUCUAUGGAGAAAGCUUAAUAGCAAAGAGCUACCUGUGUAUAUAUAUACCACAAAACAUGGAGUGUGCAUUGUACAAAGACUGUCACGCUUUAAUAGAGGAAUUCACCAACAAUGGUUCAGUCGAUUUCCCUAGUUUCAGCUCCAUAUGGAAAAAGCAAAUGUUCCAGUAUAUUUAUGCUAUGCAAUCGUCGGUAAUUGAAAUCAUACUAACAACGAACACAAUUAUGCACAUGGCCAAAAGAUCCAUUUGUGCAAAAGAUGAAUUCGGUAAAUAUCUAUCGAGUACUGAGGGAAAUGAACAGCGGAAUCUUCUGAGACGCAUUGGAGGUGUGUACCUCAUGUAUGCCAUAUAUUUUAAACAACCAACAAAACAGUUUGUCAAGGUAUCGGUCAGCUUGGAAACUUGGCGUGAAAUUGUGUCCUUCAUUGAAUCAUUAGAUUGUCGACCAGAAUUGGAUCAAGUCCGCUAUAUAUUUUGGCGCCUAUAUCAAGCAGAUGCAUUUCGUUUCACGGCCAUGGAUUACUAUGUCGGCCCCGAGUUGGUCGAUUAUGAUAAAAUUACCGAAGAGCACAAUGAGGCGGAACAACAUACGGAGGUAAUAAGAGUCAAUGCAAAGGAUAAACUACUUUUGGUACCAGAAAUUCAAGAGAAUCUAAAAGAAAUGACAGCCCAAGAGGAAGAAUAUAACCAACUCAAAAAGGCAAUAGGAAAGGGCCAAAAUCAAUCUGCCGCCACCUUACCUCGUACAGAAGUAUUUAAAAACAUAAAUUCCGCAUUUAGUAAAAUCAAAGAUAUUCUCGAUGGAAAAUCAAAUGAAUUUUCAGAGAUAUAUGGUGGCAAAAGUAUAAGUACACGGCGUAAGGAUUUGAAACGAAAAGCUGCCGGACGGGUUAACUACAAAGAGAAAAAAUCAAAUAAUUCUACUAAUGAAUCAUCGUCAUCGGAGAUAGAUGAUGAUAAUGAUGACGAAGAUGAUGAUCAGAACGUACAAUGGUAUCAAUCACAAGCUAAAGGACGUUGCCGUCACAGUUACAAAGUCGCGUCAAAAAGUAUGAACGAGAAAAAUGCAUUAUUAUCAAACGAAUCCGAUGAUAGUUCAACAGAUAAUUCAUCACCAGAUGAAGAAGCAUUGCAGGAAGAUAAUAACAAUGAAUCUGAUGCCGAGGCGACUGAUGUUGAUUCUGUUGGCGCAAGUACAUCCAAGAGUUUAGCCGAAGAUUGUAAUUUGAUGGGAGCUAUUAAAAAAGAAUCAAAGUAAUAAACUUUAAAGAAACUGUA